UCGCAACGCGGCGUUAUCAGUCACGUUCAUAACGAAGCCGAGGUGUAGGUCACGCGUGCAUUCAGAACCGAACGGGCGUGACAGAUGGUGCCGGCGCCAAUGCGAAGAGCUAUGGCGUCGUUAUGUCAUCGCGUAGUGCCGCUGUUCUUCGUGAUAGGAUUACUUCUGGAGGCCACGUCGGCGUCGGAAGAAGGACCACCACGGUACGAGUGCUAUCCAGAGUCAAUCGCUGAGUGCUUCAGAGACUACGGACCCACAUUGUGGGGCAGAUUCCAUGGAGACUACAAAAACGCUUGCAGUAACGUAACGGUCAAGCUUCCAUGCCACCAAAGGAUAGCGUCGUGCCCGGAGUCGGUCACAUCAAGCUUCCGUCGCCAGGAGGAUGGAUAUAAAGCCCUUCGCAGUCUUACCUGUGACCAAGAGGCCUAUGAAAAUUAUGAAACAUCCAUAAGAUGCCAAGACCCAACGAUGUUUCACACCUGUCAGGCCCGAUACGGAGCCUCGCCGGAGGAUUUGAAAAAGGACCCUACCGACUAUGGUUGCAAAAUGAUCAGGAGCAGUAUUGCGUGCUUCGACGAGUUAUUCACGGAAAAUUGCCAGAUGGACCGGAAGUCGGCUAAGGCGGCGUUCAUGAAGGGAGAGGACAUCCUGCUCGCCCUCGAAGGCUGCAGCUCAUCGGCAACGUCACACGCGUUUUCGCGGUUGCUCGUGCUAGGCGUAGCGGCCAUAGCUUUUUUGCGUUACACGAUUAACUAGCGUAUAGCCCUUAGCAACUUACCUUUGCCAUUUCUGUGCACUAUUGGCAAGAAAGAGGCCACAUACAGUGAGCUAAUGACAAAUUAGGCAUUAUUAUUGCCUAACGUUCCUUUGCACGACUCCUCGUUGAAAUUUUUUUGCUACACACGUUCGCUUUCUUAAAGCCAGUAUACCGUGUUUAGCGAGACGUUGGACGUGAGGCGUUUCGGCAGGAAUUUCAAAAUACUUUGUUUUUUUUUUACCUUUUUAGGAAUGGUCGCUGCCAACUGGUAACUAUCGCACGUAAUUGGAGUGGGUCAUUAAAUUUGGUUUGUGAAGACAUACAGCAUGACUGACUGUACAAUAAUCGUAUAAUUAUUUACGUUGUAAUUGCAAUCAAUUACCGUAAAAUCCACUACAUGUUUAUUCAAACACUUCCACUUGCUUUAAAUUCAUUCUCUAGAACCUUGGCAUGAAAUUAUACUAGUUUCACGCAUUUAUGGACAGUUGAUCAUAAUGCGUGUCGCAAAGGUGCAGGCAAGCCGUCACAUUAUCAAGGCGGUAUCUGAGCUCCAGCAGCGAUAAACGAAACUACAGUAAUCACCGCAAGAUCUAGCAAACGACAACUUGAGUAACAGCACACGAACAGUCGCUUCAGCAAAAGAUAUUUGGGUGAUUCCUCGCCACCACGACGUUCUUUUGCACACGUUGCUAACUAUCGAUGGCGAAUGUUUGUGAAUAUUCGUUUUCCACUACACUGCGACACCGAAACGUUUGGUACGUACAGACCUACUCCAGUUCGAUUGUAAAAUUUCCUAGAAGCGCUCCUGAAGUCCCAACAUUGCGCCGCUGUUAUUAUUAAUACAUGCUGAACUUGCAGCAAAGUUCAAUAUGCUUUGGUAAACAUUGCGUACCGUGGUAGCGGUGGGAACUGGAUCAACC